AUGCUUCAGAAUCCAUCAGCCAUUCAGUGGGAUACCGAUCUUGACGCCCAAGUCCCUAACUGGUUGGCUGGCGAGGACUUUGACUUGAACGCUCUAAAUUCCUCUGUGCUGGCCAGCGCUAUAAAUGACAUCCCCCUUUUGGUGUGCCACGAUGACGAGACGACUGUCUGGUCGCUAUCGGACCCUCCAAUAAAUGUUGAUGAAGAUCGCGAGGAAUACCGUACUCGUCAACACUGGUUCAGUUUCAUACCCGCGGGUGAUACUGGGCAUGCUACUCCUGAUAUGAUGCCCGAGCGGACAGAAGUUGAUGACCAGUAUCGAGAAGGCCUUUCAAGAUGUCUACAACAGCGGGUCAUGGCUGAGCCUUUGCCUUCCACCGAGUUUCUAAACCAAUGUGUCCAAAUGUACUUUACACGAUUUAGUCCCAUUUUCCCCGUUGUUCAUCCUUCUACAUUCCGACCUUCUCCAAAACACUCACUGUUACUUCUGUCGAUCUGCUCAGUCGGUUGUCUUUUCGUCGGUUCCAAUUAUGCUAUCGCUCAGGGCUCGAGAAUCUUUGAGAGACUACACAAAGCUAUUCUUGCUUCGUGGGAGAAAUACUUCGCCAAAGGAAAAGAGGAAACCCUGGCCAUGAUUCAGGCUGCUUUAAUUGGGCAGACAUUUGCCAUUCUGUCGGGGAAUCCAAGACACCUGCUUAUUGCGCAAGCAUUCCAUGGAACGGUAGUAAACUGGGCUCGAAGAUGUAAAAUGUUCCAAGUCCGCCAAGCAGAUGAUCUCUUACCCGGUGGUGGUCUAUCCGUAUGGACUCUGGAACAACGCUGGAAAUCCUGGGCUCAUGCCGAAGAGCAAAUAAGGGUCGCGACAGGCCACUAUAUUCAGGACACAGAGCUCUCCACGUUGCUUAUGAGCCGUCCAGUGCUGAAACAUUCCUCAUCAGUUAUUCCAGUUACAUCCAGCGACAGCCUCUGGGAGGCGAAAUUUACAUCUGGAUGGAAUGCUUUGAACGAGGAGCGAAAAGCAACGACCCCAUCCAAGUCUGAAUUCACAGAAGUCUCUGGAUUUACUCAGUUCACGAUGCUGGAAGGUCUUAUUGCCUCCGUGGUCGACAAUCGCUCAUUAAAUACAGGGCUUCGUGAAGAUGUCCGAGAAGAGUUUGAACGCUGGCUAUCUCGGUUUUAUGAUAACUUCCUGAAGGGAAAUGCUCCUCGCUCGUCCAGUCCGUUCUGCCUGGAGCUUCUCUGGCACUCCGCAUAUCUAGCUCUAUUUGUGGACUUCGAUCGUCUGGAACUUGUCACGGGUAGAGAGGGAUAUGCGCAGUCCCUUCUGCAUCUUGACUACAUCCAAAAGUGGGCCUGCUCCCAGGAUGGUCGGCGCUGCGCUCUUCACGGGGCCUUGAUACUUCGCAAGGCCCAAGACAUGACACUAGGGGUAGAGCCUGCCAUCCAUGUGCCUCGCGUUCUAUACCAGGCGGCUAUGGUAUGGUUCGCGUAUCUCAAGUUUGGCCUUGACAAUCAUGACUCUCCGAAAGACUUUUCAGAGCUCACCAGUCUCAAUGUGAACUGCCAAGCUCUUCUCUUUGAAUCAAAUGGCUUCAAGAUAUCACGACCAAAGAUCAAGGAGUCCAGUACUCUGAGUGGACUUGUGGAUUUGUUGCGUCGGAUUGGCCACUGGGGAAUUUCGAGGAAAUUUGCUGAUCAGUUGGUUUGGAUGAUGCAAGGAAAUACCGAGGAAGAGUCGAGCAGUAGUACCCUCCUGUAA